AUGGCCGACGCGGGCCGCACAGUGGGCGCGAUGACGCGGUCUGUGGCCUGGGUGUCGGCCGUGCUGCUCGCCGCCCUGGUGCAGCCGAGCCUGCAGGGCAAGCUGCUCAAGGCAGCCCUGGCCGCGGCUGCUCUCGGGGGUCACCACUUCAUGCUGCUGCCCCUCCCGAUCCCUGUCGAAGAAAAGCAGUACUACCCCGUCCACUACCCCGUGCCAGUGCCGGUGCCUCACAAGUACCACACGCACCACACAUACCACAAGCUCCAUCAUCACCACAAAGUCUACAUUCCGGUGCACCAUCACACGCAGAAGGUGAUCUACAAGCACCAUGGCCACGGCGGCGGUAGGCAUGGCUACGGCGGCGGUGGUCAUGACUAUGGGCACGACGACCACUACGAUCGCUGAACUGGACGGCGCCUCUUUUGAAGAGCAUCUCUUGCACCGCAAGACGGAAGUGAGAGACCGGAAGCUCUGCUUUUGAGAAAAAGCGUCAGA